AUGAAGACGAAUAAGCUAGACGUUGGAAUACGAUCUUUGCAGAUAUCCAACACUGUCCCAGAUUUGAAUUACAACAAUGUCAGUAAUGGAAGCGGCAUUGACACACACCCUUGCCGUGACUCAGCAUUUAACACAAGUGACUGCAAUGGAAUCGUGGAUGAAUUUCAGACUUGGGAUCACUGGUUUUCACCAUCACAAGAAGCUCUUCUAGUGGCCUGUUAUUGCACAGUUAUGUUGCUUGGUCUAGUUGGCAAUUCGUGUGUGUGCUACAUUGUCAUCAAAUUCAAGUAUUUGCAAAAACCUCGUAAUAUACUUAUCCUAAAUUUGUCUUUCUGUGGCAUUUUAAUGUGUGUGGCAUGUAUGCCAUUCUCUUUGCUCCGUCUGACGCUUAAAAACUGGAUGUUGGGAGAUAUCAUGUGCAGAAUAAGUUCAACUGUUCAGACGAUUGAUGUGUAUGUUUCUACAUUUACAAUCGUGGCUAUUGCAGUUGAUCGCUAUUCCGCCAUUGUCCGUGCUCAAAGAGACACUGAGAACAGAACAACAGUCCAUUUUACCAUCAUUCUUAUUUGGUUGUUCUCGAUCCUGUUUUGUAUCCCUAUGUUUUCUUUUCAUGAAGUUACUCAAGUGAGUCCAGAACUAUUCGAGAUUUGCAUGGAGGUUUGGCCUUCGGAUGUUUUAAGGCAAAUCUACACGACAUUCGUCCUUAUUGUACAGUACGUGGUGCCCCUCACUAUGAUUUCACUCCUCCAUGGGCGCAUUUGCCAGUUCUUGCGCUGCAGGAUAAGUGAAAAUCCUAUAACGCAAGUUGAAGUUGAUCGAGUGUUACGAGAAAUCAAACGGCAACGGCGUAACAUGUUGCUCUUGACAGGAAUAACGAUUUCUUUUGCUUUAGCUUGGCUUCCACUGACGGUUAUGAACACACUCGCAGAUUAUGACUACCGCUUCUUUUUGAACUGGAAUUUCAAUCAUGCCUACGCAUAUUGCCUCUUGGCCGCGAUGUGUUCCGCCUGCCUUAAUCCUAUCAUAUACGGGUGGUUUAACAUGAACUUUCGAAAGGCGAUUAUACAAGUUAUAUGUCCGCACAAAAAUGUUUCAAACAGUCCCACGGAAAUGGCGACGAUCAGAAACGACUCUAGAGAAAGCAGUAAAGAACUGUUCCGGUUUUACAGCAGUAUUCCAUUGGCCACAUCAGGGAAAAGGAAAGUAUCAUCCUCAACGCGAUCUAGUAACUCUUGGAGAUCUAAGGGACAACUGUCUCGGCAAAUCGCCUGUUCAUCUCCCGAUGAAAUUGAAAAUCUGCAAGGCCAUUAG